CUGGGCCGCAGCAGCCGGCUCCAAGUUCCCUCCCUCGUCCUCCGGCGAAGCCUGCCUGAGCCCUCCCAGUCGGUGCAGACCGGACCGUCGCGGCCGCCGCCAGCGGGGCCCUCCGCGGCGCGCGUCCUGGGCCCGUUCCGCCCGCCCCGCCCUCGCCCGCGCCCUGCCCGCGGCCCCGCGCGAGGACUCGGCCGCCUCUCCAGCCCGCUCUCGGCACUCCGCCCCUAGCGGGCCCUGGCUCUCCCUCCUCGCGGUCCUCGGGAGCCUGGCGCCCGGCUCGGGCCGCACCGCCGGGGACUGAGGUGCGCGGCCCAGACAUCUCCAAAUUGGACAUUCAGAGCAGCAUUCUUGUUCUUUCUACAUCUUGAAUUAGAAACUGCCAAGGGUCUGUAAGUCCUGAUAAGGAAAUAAAAGCAAUUUCCUGCUGCAGAGAGCAUUUUAAGGAAGGACAGCGUUCCUGUGACCUCAGCCUACCAUCCAUAAAAUACUCAUUCCCCUUUCAGCUUUGAUUCUGAGCCCACACUCCGGGCCUCUCCUGGCCCUCAGGUCCUGCUCUUUGCGGAGUGGUGCCAGGCAAAUGCACUCAUUUCUUCCUGGAAUCUUCCUCGGACACUUCGCGUGAUUGCCACUGUCCUGUGAGCUCUGCCUGCCGUGGAACACAAAGACCUGGAGGAGACUCCCACCUCCUUCAGGGAGAAGAAAGGAGGCAGCGAAGCAGAUUAAAGCAACUCGUGGCUUGUGGCCUUUUUGUCCAGGGGCUGCCUGGAAGCGGAGGAAAGCGUGUGAAAGCCCCCGCGGCGGUGAACGGGCUGUGAGAUGAGGCGCUGCCGCGACCGCCGCUGCUGACACUCGCUCCCAGGCUGCACCCGCCGCCCGCCUUGCUUCAUGUACAUGUGUCUAUUCAGGCCGUGCGGAGGCGCCCAGAAGAGCAUCCAACACGGCUGCCGGGGAGAGACCGCCCACCAUGCCCACGGAGACCCUACAGACAGGUAGCAUGGUGAAGCCGGUCAGCCCCGCGGGCACCUUCACCUCGGCCGUGCCCCUGCGCAUCCUCAACAAGGGGCCAGACUACUUCCGCAGGCAGGCCGAGCCCAACCCCAAGCGGCUCAGCGCCGUGGAGAGGCUGGAGGCCGACAAGGCCAAGUACGUCAAGAGCCAGGAGGUGAUCAACGCCAAGCAGGAGCCGGUGAAGCCCGCCGUGCUGGCCAAGCCCCCGGUGUGCCCGGCUGCCAAGCGCGCGCUGGGCAGCCCCACGCUCAAAGUGUUCGGCAACCACGCCAAGACCGAGAGCGGCGUGCAGAGGGAGAACCUCAAGCUGGAGAUCCUGAAGAACAUCAUCAACAGCUCCGAGGGCUCCAGCUCGGGCUCAGGGCACAAGCACAGCUCCCGCAACUGGCCGCCGCACCGCUCGGAGGCUCCCGACCUGCACCGGCACUCCUUCGCGGAGUCCCUGAAGGUCUACCCCACGCAGGGCCGCGGCAGCCCGCAGGAGGGCGGCUCCCACGUGAGCAGGAGGCUGCUGGAGCAGUCGGCCGAGUCCUUCCUCCACGUGUCCCACAGCUCCUCGGACAUCCGCAAGGUGACCAGCGUGAAGCCCCUCAAGGCCAUCCCCUGCAGUAGCUCCGCCCCUCCCCUGCCUCCCAAGCCCAGAAUCGCAGCCAUCGCCUCCAUGAAGUCCCCCGAGGCCGAUCCUGUGGAACCAGCUUGUGGAGUCAGCCGGAGACCCUCCCUCCAGCGGUCUAAGUCAGACUUGAGUGACAGAUAUUUCCGAGUGGACGCGGACGUGGAGAGGUUCUUCAACUACUGUGGGCUGGACCCGGAAGAGCUGGAAAACCUGGGCAUGGAAAACUUUGCAAGGGCUAAUUCUGACAUCAUAUCCCUCAACUUCCGCAGCGCAAGCAUGAUCAGCUCAGACUGUGAACAGUCUCAGGACAGUAACAGUGACCUUAGAAAUGAUGACAGUGCCAAUGACCGCGUGCCGUAUGGCAUUUCUGCCAUCGAAAGAAAUGCUAGAAUCAUCAAGUGGUUAUAUAGCAUCAAACAAGCUAGAGAGUCACAGAAGGUCUCCCACGUGUAAGACAGUGCGUGGGAAGGAGGGAGGGUGGGUCUCUGUGCUUAUGCAGUCGUGAAGGUCGUGAGGUCUCCUUGAAGUGUUGUGAGCUUCUCCACUCUUUGUGUUGCUUGUUGUGCAAUGUUUUCAAGUUGCAUGCCUGUCAACAUAGGGACUGACCUGGCUUCCACUUCACCAUCGCUGCAGAGCCUGGCUGAACACGCGUCAUCUGCCAAAAGUUUCAGGCCAGAAUCUGAUUAGGGCUUUGCUCCUAAGCAAAACUGUUUACAUGAAAAUGGUAUACAACUUCUUCGAUAUUUAUGUGGUUCUUGUGUUUUUAUAUCCCGCGCUAUUGUGUCUUAAUUAAAACUUUUAUCAACUGGCUUUUAAGUUGAGAGCAGAAUCUUUUUGAAAUAAAAAGCCACUUUGCCUACAUGUGAGACUAUUCCCAUGCGACAGUGAUUGGGAUCUGCUGUCAAAACAGAUAGUGACUGACCAAACAUAGAACCAGGCUGGGUUUUCUGUGGAAUAAAGUGGUGAGCCUGACGUUAAUCGUUUACAUGUUGAAAUUCUCUUUCCACUUAGUGAAGCAGUCGUUUGGAUAACAAUGCUACGUUUUGUGUCCGAUUCAGUGUGUAAAUGUUGGUGGUUCUGUGUAAUACUGACCCCAAGGAAAGAUGAUCAGAUACAAUGAAGGAUGGGUAAAUCUAGGAGGUUGGAUGUUUGGGGGUUUUGUUGAUGUUGUUCUGAUUUGGGAUAAUUCAGAAAUUUUUAAUAUCUUUUGACAGAAUGGCCACCCUGAAACAGAUACUGAAUGCCUUUAAAAAAAAAAAAAGUUGUGGUUUUUUUAUGGGUUUUUUGUUUGUUUGUUUGUUUUGUUUUGGUCAAGAACUACUAAUUUCAUGCUGUUUCUUUCCCUCUCCUUUUGUUGUUGUUUGGUUUGGAGGAAGGGAGUGGGGCUUGUGCAGGUUCGCACAGAAAUGGAAAUACCAGCCAUAUCAGUAGAGCCUCCCAUUCAAAAGUGAAUGCACUUGGUAGCUAAACUAUAUCUGAGCAGUGUGAUUCUGUUGUCUUGUAUAUGUUAUUCUCUCAGGCUGUGGGUCUUUGUUACAGCUCUAGGAAACUGUAGAAACACAUUGCUAUGUAGCUUUUCCACUCCAUGGUCUCUAGUGCUGCCUAUCAACUUGUCCCCUUUUUUCCCCAAUAACCUGUCUUCCAGGUGGUACACUUAGCCGUCACUCAGGUGACACCAGGAUGUGGCGGCAGAGAGGGAAACCUAUAAGUGGUUUGCCUCAUUGCUUUUGCUACGUCUGAAGUUCUCAGCAGCACUACGUUAGACUUCAUCAGCUAAUAGGAAACUUUUUAUGGUGUAAAUGCUGUAAGACUUUGUACAUACUUCAGUUGUUAUGAAAUCUUUAAAGAAAAAAAUGAAAAAAUUACGCUAAUAAAUUGCUCUGGUGCAGGCA